AUGACGACGAGCAGAUCCGGUGCAAAAUCCGAGCCAGCUUCCAAGAAGGAUUGCGGUGAGGACAUCGCCUUGAAACACCAGCUUGAUACGAAGGGGUCGCCAGAAUCUAAGCGCACAAAGAAAAACGAUGGUGACAAGAAACAGCAGACUAUCGAAGAUACGCUUCCGAGUCCUACUGGAGCCUAUGGAGAUGGCACGAACCGGGCGCGACCAAAUAGUAACAAGAAGGGAGAGGAUAGAAACGAUCAUCAUGACACGAAGUGUUCGAAAAAGUCGGAUCAAAUCGGCUCCGCAGAGCAGAGAGGAGAGAGGCAAGGUGUGGUCCCAUCGAAUAUCUUAGAGAAGGGCAUUGUCUAUUUCUUCAUCCGUGGAAGAGUAGGUAUCGACGUACCGAGCAGCGUGUAUGACAUCCGCCGUAGUUACAUCGUCCUACGACCGCUAAGCAAAGACGCAAAGCCCGGCAAAGGUACGAUUGACGACGCUGGAAAUAGCCGCCUAAUUGCUAUUCCUAAAAAAGUGCUUCCCUCGAGUGGGAAGGAUAGGUGGAUCGCAUUCGUUGAGAAAGCCCAUGCCUCGUUCCAAACACUGAAGGAUAAGUUCAUCUCGGCUUCUGACUAUGCGACUAAGACUGCCGGCGUGCGACACACUCCCGCCGCCACCCCGAUAGCAGAGGGUAUUUAUGCUAUCACCAGUACCGGUCGCGAGAGUCAUCUUGUGUACAUGAUUACUUUGCCGGUGGAUCUCGGUGAAGUACAGAAAAAGAUCGGGCUCAAGGAUAAAGGAAGUUUCAUUGUUAGUACCAGAAACCCGCAAUAUGAAGCUCCAAAAGGCGCUGCCCUCCCUCAAGGGCCAGAUUAUCCUAAAGAAAUUCAAGACGAAUUUAGGGCCCUGCGGUGGUUUGCAACCCAACCCAAACACCUUGAUUUCGUAAACACCCAAUUUCUUCUCAUUGGCGAAUCGAAUGGUAUCAAGAAAGCGACCGAGGUACAGAAAGAUCAAAAAGAGGGACAGGAGAAGCCAGUAGAAGAGUUAGAGAAAUUGGAAGAGGAGGACACGCACCGGAUGGAAAGUUUACGAGGAGAUGAUUCAGCAGCCAUCUUUGCAGAUCUACAAGCGCAUGCUAAAGACCAUCCUAGAUUGCAGACAACAUUCUAAAGUUCGAAAUGAAAUAUUUAGACUAAAGCAAAUGUAGAUACGUACGAGGCAGUUAUAGAAAGAGAAUGUGGGGGCGAUGCGAUACGCU